AUGGCGGUGCAACACGUCGCACCGGUGCUCCAGGCGCCCGUAUUUUCACCUGAUCCGCUGUCUCCAGCUGUCAAACAAGAGCUCCUUCCCCAUCUCUGGCCGCUUUCAGGAGGCGAGCCGCAAAUGAGAAGCCCCGAUGAGUUCGAUGCCUACUUCACCUAUCUGCGACAAGAAUGUAGGCAUGGUUUGCACCACGACCAUGCCAUGCAGUCGUACGCCGACAUGGUCUUCAUCCUAAGCAUUAUCCGCGGAAACCCAUCUGCAAGUCUUACCGACAUUCGAGCACUUAUCAGCCGCCUCAAUUCGAGGUUGAGUUCAGACGACCGGAAGCUUUCCGCAUCCAUCGAACUUGCGGUUCGCCUCUGGCUCAUGACUAGCGUCAGGAUCCUCAUGCCUACGCACCAGGACGACUUCGACGUCAGCCUACCAUGGCCAGACAAUCAGAGCCUCGUGGAUGUCCUCCGGCGACACAUGUCUCAGCCCCCAUCCUCGCCUCUCUCCACUCUCGAACACUUUUCUCCAUACUUCAAUGUCGCCGACAUGAGGAACAUUGCGGGCUUCCGCGUCCUGUGGACAAACUGUCUCUCAGACCAUCUCAGUAUUAGAGGUUCUUCUAUCUACUUGUUCAACCAAGUGUCGAUGCUUAAGCGCCUAAGAGCUUCGGCUACAAGGUACGGUCUUCUUAUCCCCGGAGAGAUCAGUCGAGUUGGCCUCGAUCCAGACAUCAUGUACCGUGAGACGGCUGAUAAGAGGAAGGCCGCAUACGUAUACUGGCGGGAGAGGCUCCUGGCUGCGUCCGAGAUCUUUGACAGAACAAAGCCAUCGACUCUCGUCCAGUGGUGGUACGACCGCCGCGACAUGGGACAGUGGUGGGGUUUCUGGCUAGUAGUGGUUCUGAAACCCAGCAACUAA